CUUCGAGAUACCGUGGCCGCAUGACGCUACGCACCUGUGCGCCGCCGUCGUCGUCGUACUUUGGAGAGAGGAGAAUACGUGGACCGCCCGUACCGCGAUCCGUUCGAACGUUCGACGCCGUGUACCGCUUCAUCUUUUUCGUACGCCAGCGUGUGCGAUCUUCGCGAUCGUGAGCGCAAAAUGCCGUCGGGUGAAGUGUGUUUCGACGAGUAAAUUGCAAAAAUCUUAAAGUGCUUUUGAUUGAAAACAGAAUUAUUUGAAACAGAAGUUGAUUGGUGAACAAGAUAAAUAAAAAGAGAAAAGUAUAAAAAGUGAGUUUAGAAAACAGUGAACAAAACAUAAUAAAUGGUUUUAAUAAUAAAAGUGAAGUAAGAAAAAAAAAACAAGUGAAACGGGGAUAAGUGUAACAACCUGUUAAGUGCUGGUGACUUGCGUAGAGUUUUAACGGAAAGCCAAACAACCGUACAAAAGUGAUUAGAUGUGCAGAAUCUAAGCAGGCAAACACAACACGUGCAAAGAAAUAAUACAAAAGGAUAACGCAGCUUGCGCAUUGUGCAGGAAGAAACGGUCCGAGAUUAAAAAGUUAAUCGCAUUGUGCAGACCCGAGAGGGUGUGUGUUGAGCAGCAAAGAGGAAGCAAAGCAAUGCAGCACUGCACUGCACAAAGUUGAUGGGUUGAUGGGCACAAAGGCAACAAACGAAAUGUCGAAAGAAUAACAAACAACCAACACCGACACACGGGAGGGCCAAGCAUGGUCGGCAUGGGAAUGGUGCGGGCAGUGCAGUAAGCCUACCGAAGGGUCGUGCGAACGCCGUGCGAAGGUGAAAAGUGGUGACGGUGGAUCUGUGUGUAUGUGUGUCUUGGUGUGUGUUUGUGUGUGGCGCGCAGUACCGGGGAUUAAAACUGCCAAUGUCCGACUGGCUGCGGCCGCGGGAAAGCCGCUCAGGGAUGCUGUAGCUGAUAUAUGAUACGCCUGUGCGCUGUGUGGUUCACCGUAGGCAAAGGGGUCUUUCAACCCGUGCGGGGGCCCAUGGGGGUUAAGCUGCGCGAUUUGUGCGACUCAAAAAGUCAUCUCCCACCGAAAGCGAGAUUGGUGUGUUUGUUUGUGCUGCCAGUUAUUGUGUGUAUGAGUAUGUGAGUUUGGAUAAGAAAAAUAUUCUUAAACGCGCAGUGAAAUAUCGAGAGAAAAGUCGAUCAAACGAAGCCGCGAAGAAUUCAUUCUAAAAGUGAAUCAGUGAACCCAGCAAGCAAACUGUGAAUUUGUUGUGAUUGGUUGCUUCAACGGUGCAUUAAUACAGCUGAGAUUAAUCCAGUACAAAACGGAUAACCUCGAACGAGGUGUGAAAGUACGUCUGCAGCGGAAAGCAAUUUCAUCGGUAUCUCAAUCCGGGGCUAGGCCAUCAGUGACGCGCCACCAAAAUGCCCACCGAAGGCCCAACGCUGGACGACCGCGGUCUCGCGACACUGUCCCGAUCGUCGCGCAUCGAUCAAUUCCUCGCCGGCAACGGUGGCCCGCCAACCUCACCCACCAUCCGUGGCUCGUCGGGCGGUUCCGGCAGUGGCAGUGCCCGAACGCCGUCCUCCUCCUCGAGCGGAUACGAAAGCCAGCUGGCCUUUCAGCAUCACAUGAUGGCGUCCGGGGGUGGUCCGCCACAGCACCAUGGACGGGAAAGCUCAGCCUUUGUUCCGGUGCUACCGUCCCGAGCGCUUCGACCCAGCCUCUAUCCGGGCGUGCUGGAAGGCCCGCCGGACGGCCUGUCCAAGGAAGGUGUCCCAAAGCGUGGCUCUAGCUACGAACUGAUGGCCAUGAUGGCCGACAAGCGCAAGGAGCUCGCGCUAAGGGAAGCGGCAGCCGCCGCCAUGCUACUUCCACGCCCCGGCGGUCCACCGGUACAGUCCCCUUCCGGCAUUUAUCCACCGCCGGGAGCAUUCCUUGGCGGUCCGGGACCAUCGCCCACGUCCGCCGGUACGUUCACGUUCCCACCGGCCGGCGUAGGCCUUUACCCACCGGGCGUCCCACCCGGCAUGCAUGCCGGGCUCGAUCGAAGACUGCUGCGUGCGCCCGGGCGCGCCUCCCGGCCCAAGAAACAGUUCAUCUGCAAGUUCUGCAACCGCCAGUUCACCAAAUCGUACAACCUGCUCAUCCACGAGCGGACGCACACGGACGAGCGCCCGUACUCGUGUGACAUCUGUCUGAAGGCGUUCCGAAGGCAGGAUCAUCUACGCGAUCACAGAUACAUCCACUCGAAGGAAAAGCCAUUCAAAUGCACCGAAUGUGGCAAAGGCUUCUGCCAGUCGCGCACCCUCGCCGUCCACAAGAUCCUGCACAUGGAGGAAUCGCCGCACAAGUGUCCCGUGUGCAACCGGAGCUUCAACCAGCGCUCCAACCUGAAGACGCACCUGCUCACCCACACCGACCACAAGCCGUACGAGUGCAACUCGUGCGGGAAAGUCUUCCGCCGGAACUGCGACCUGCGACGCCAUGCCCUAACGCACACGGUCGGGGACGUCCCGUCGGAAGCGCUCGACGUUGGGGUGGACGAUGAUGGGCAUCAGCUGAGCGGGGAUGAGGAUGAAACGGUGCUGGAGGUAGAUUCACCCGUACACUCGCCCGCGGGACGGCAUCGUUCCGUUUCGCCACCGCUCGAUAUGCCCGUGUCGGCCGAGCUGGACGAUGACGAACGGGAGGAGGACGACCGGCGAUCGGUGAUGGAAGCGCGCCGUCGUGCCACUCGCGACGAGGAGGAUGACGAGGAGGAGGAUGAAGAGGAAGAUGAUCUUAUCAGUGUGGCGGGACACGAACCGGACCCCACACCGGUAGUCCAGUGUCACCACGAGCGUCCGAUGGGUUCCAAGAGCCCGUACACGAUGCGUCCCCAGUACGAUCACGGCAGUCGCUCGUCGAUGUCUUCCCAAUCGUCACAGCACUCCAGCUCGAUGCAUCCGGCCGGGCAUGGCGAGGACUCGCGCGACAGUGGCCCGAUGGUGAUGCCACAUCCCUCAUCACACGCACCGGACGUCUUCGUACCGAUGCUUCAUGUGCGGCGUGAUCUUCACCACAAGAUGGGACUGAUUGGACGUGCCUCAGCAACAAUCACAAGCAGUUCCGGCGGAGGAAUGUUGGAUGCAGGUGGAAGCUUCCUCAGUCACAUCCCACUCCGCAAGCGCGCAAUGGGCCCGGAUGGUGAGCCACAUCCCAUUAUGAGUCGCAGCUUGCACAUGCCACCGGGAAGCCGUGGACCUCACAAGAGCCAUCUUGUGGAAGAUGUACAUUCGGGACCUCCGGACUCACCGCACCGUGAACCUAUGCCACUGAUGUCACCGUCCGUCCCAUCUGCAUCACCCGUGCUGCUCUCACCUCAUCUUCCACCGGGGCUUGCUCUUCCACCGCCACCUCCACCACCACCAGCUCCGAGCUCAAUGGCAGUACCGAUCAACCUUGCGAACCUGUCCAACCUUCCCGUCGUACUGCCACCAGCACCAGCUCCGAGUGUGCUAGUUGGACCCGGCAGCGGACCUAGUAGCAGUUCAGCGGCAGCCUCUCCACACCAUCCACACCCGGGAGUGCUGGCGUCACCGGGCUCUUCCAGCUCAUUGAAAGCUUCGUCCACACCGUCGGUAGCUUCUUCGUCCUCCACCACUACAACACCGCAGGUAGUAGCUCCGGCAGUGCCACCGCCACCACGUAAGACGGGCUUUAGCAUAGAGGACAUCAUGCGUCGCUAGUAGACAUCCGGCGGCAUGAGCGGCAACAGUACAAACUGCGACUUUAGAAAUGUGCUUCCGAGGCGUACAUCUCCAAUUUUAGGUUAGAAUCCAACGCGUUCGACACCAAGUGUCGAACUACUUUUCCCCCUCCUUUACUGAUGCGUUUAAACGAGCAAUAGGAAGUUUAAGAAAUAGUUCCCCCAUUUUUUUUGUAACAAAUAGACUCUACAGUAGUACACUAAGCGAUAGCGUGGUUAUGCCAACAGUGCCUUUACUUGAUGAUCUGCAGCUGAAUAGCCUUGGUAGGUCAGUGAACAAACCAAACGCUCGGUUUUUUCACGGUGUUAACUUCCAGUAAGAGAUAAGCGCUAGCAAUAGGUAGCAUUAGGAAGUGCUUCUUCGACAAUACUGUAAACCGAUACGUCUGUAACCGAAUUAGCUUAGCGGAGGAUCUAGCUUCUCCUUCAACGACUUUGUACAGGUGAGAGUCUUCGCAUUUAAGAGCCCAGUUCCGAGAAAUAGGCUAGAUUCGGUAGUGAUUCUUACAAACGCUCCACGUAGACGGACGUGCCUUUUUUUGACUAUCCAACGCGCGUUGCCAACGCGUUGAACCCCAACAUGGCAGCUGUUAGUGAUAUAUUACGCUGUAAGUAUGCGAGUUGAAGUUGUAAUCUGAAACCGGUACAAAAGAGAAGAAAACUGAAUAACCGUUCAUAACAAAAAACUACUUCCUUGACGGAUGAGUGAGUGUUGGUGUCCUUCGAUGUGAGGGGUAGUGUUUGUAGAUUUCAAUUACAGUUGCCGGUUCUAGUAUGCAUUUUACGCUUCAUCUCUCACAACCAUAUCUAAUGUCCCUGCUUCGGGGUACAGGCAUGUACAGUGGGCCCUCCUUUUUUACGGGCUUCGUUGGUGUGUGAGAGUUGUUGUGACGGUGAAGCAUUAGCGUAAAUAGAGCAAGUUCUCAUACACAUCAGGAACCUGUCGGUUAGUAAGGAUUAGCUUAAAACUUCCUACCAAGUAAGUUAUUUUUUGUGAUUCGCUCGAACAUUCGAUACAUCUGCAGCUCGUCUGUGGUGUUGCUUUUUUUUCGCUAGAACUUAUUAGGAUGUUAGUUUUCGGCACUAGACGGCACUAGACUGAAGUGCUUCACAGUAAGAAAGGGUCGACAAAUCGUACAAUCAUUAUCAUUAGUUGUAUUAUGUGUUUUUUUUAUAUUAUUAUUAUUGUAUGUUUCUCCAAUGUCUUGAAGCGAAUGAAAUAAAGUAAAAAAAUGAUUUUUCAAAAAGCAAA